CACACUCCUAGACCAGGUAUCCAAAGUCCAAACACCGUGCUCGUGUGGGCCCUGAGUGCCAGCGGCAUAUCCUGUGAUUCUCGCACCCUACUCCUCCAGUCCUCCUCUCUGCAGAUCUGUGCGUGUUCUUCUCAAUCCAUUCCAGAGUCCACGCUGCAGAAGCCAAGGGGAUGGAGGUCACAAUAGCGGAGAAGAAGCCCCGGGCCGCCGGCGACGGCGGCGGCCUGGUUGAGAGGCUCCCCGAGGCGCUCCUGGUGGAGGUGCUGGCCCGUGUCGACGUCGACGGCGCCUGCUCCGCCGCUGCGUCCUGCCGCUCGCUCUACGCUGCCGCCAACGCCGUUCUCCCCGCCCUCACCUCCAUCGACCUCUCCGCCUUUGCCCCGUCGAACGCCAUCCUCAGCAGGAUUCUCGCGGGGAAUGGCGCGGUCCGCAGCCUCACCGUCAACUGCAGCCUCCUCGACGACUCCGCCGCCUCCGUCAUCGCCAGGGGUAGCCUGCGCGACCUCUCGCUGCUCAAAUGCUCCUUCUCGAUGAGCUUCUUUGUGGCUCUUGGUGGGGCAUGCCACGAUUUAAGAUCGUUGAAGCUGGAGAUGGCGGUUUGUCCAUACACUCUAUAUCCUUGCCUAGCACCUGUCUACGUGGGAUGUGUUCACUUGGAGACUCUUUGGGUGAAGUUCCCUCUGCUAGAUCCACUCACCACUUUUCGCAGUUACAAGGCUGGAUCACCUCUCAUUCCUAGUAACAUCAAGGACCUGUUGCUACAACCUGUAUCUCAUUCUAGGGCAAAGACGGUCUUCCUGAAAACCACAUCUCUGAACAAACACAUCACUGACAACUUGGAAUCACUCUCUUUAGUUCUUGACAUGGUAACGGAUGAACUCGUUAUGUUGAUCACCAGUAAUGUCCAUAAGUUGUCUGAGCUAUGCCUGGAAGAUGAACCUGAUACCCAACCAAAUUUGCCUGAAGAUUUGACCAAUGUGGGGCUUCAAGCACUUGGCUUGUGCCACAACUUGAAACAUUUGUCUCUGACACGACGUUCCUAUGACUUCAGACGGGUAAACGACUUUGGGAUACUGAUGCUUGCUGACGGAUGCAAGCAACUGAGAACCAUUAGACUUGGUGGGUUUUCUAAAGUAAGUGAUGCAGGGUAUGCAGCCCUUCUCCACUCUGGAAAGGACCUGAAGAAGUUUGAGGUCAGCAAUGGCUGGUGCUUGUCAGACUUGGCAUGCCUAGAUCUUGAUAAGGCAGCUCCAAAUAUUACAGAAGUGAGGUUGCUUAACUGUGCUCUCCUAACCAGUGAUACAGCCAUAUCUCUAGCACCCUGCACUAACUUAAAGGUUCUUGAUCUUUCGGGUUGCAAGAGCAUUGCAGACUCUGGCUUGGUUUCCAUCUCACAGCUUCCCAACCUAACUCUACUGGACCUUGCUGGAGCUGACAUUACUGAUGUGGGUUUAUCGGCACUCGGUAAUGGGAGGUGCUUGAUAUCUUCUUUGUGCUUGAGAGGUUGCAGAAGGAUCAGCAGUAAUGGAAUAGCUUCACUGUUGUGCGGGGCUGGCACCAUCAACAAGACAUUAGUUUCGCUUGACAUCGGAAAUGUGCCAAGAAUAUCAUGUCGGGCUGUGACAGUGAUUGCUAAGAACUGUGAGCAGAUAAGCAGCCUGUGUCUGCGGAACUGCCUCCUCAUAACCGAUUCAUCUCUCGAGGUGCUAGGUUCUAUGGGAUGCGACUCCAGUAAAUGCCCCCUGAGAAUGCUUGAUCUUGCCUACUGCAGCAAACUGUCUCGAAACUUCCUGAGACACUUUGAGCCGCCGCUGUUCCGAGGACUGCGGUGGCUUGGCAUCGGUAAGAAUGUAGCUCAACGUCGUGGCUGCAGCCUGACAAUUGCGGAGGUUCUGGAGCGAAAGCCAGGAUUAACCAUCUGCUGCAACGCCUGCGACAUGGGCUGCAGGAACAAGUGCCAUCCAGACAUUCGUUUUCUUCAGUAGAUGUGCUGCAAAGGCUGCAACAUGGGCUGCAGGAACCAGUGUCAUCCAGAGUCCAGACAUUUGUUUCCUUAAGUAGAUAUGCAGGAUUAAGGGUCUGUUUGUUUCAGUUUAUAGAUUUAUAUGAGAUUAAAGGAUCUGGAUUAUAUAAUCUAGAUUAGAUUAUUUGGGUGUAGCUGUUUGGCAACCUAGUUUAUUGAAAAAUUCAAUUAUUGAUUUUAGUCAUAUGUUGCGUGGUGGGAGCAAGAAAAAAAUAGAUGAAACAUUUUUUUAGGUAAGGAGUGACAAUGGUGAGUAAUAUCUUCUGAAGUUGCUAUAGGUAGUGAGUCUAGAUUAUUUAAGCCAGAUUGUAUAAUCUGGACAGAUUAUAAGCUAAGACAAACAGACCCUAACCCAUCUGUGGCAUGGGUUGCAAUAGAAGUGUCAACCCAACAUUCGUUUUCUUCAGUACAUGUGUUUGAUAUUGUUGUGAAACGACACCUCUUCACUAACAGAUGCCUUUUCAGGAGAUGAUCUCAUCUAUUCAAGCAUAAGAUUAGUGGAUUGGAUUAGACGGUUAGAAUUACUUUCAAAGGGCAUGUUCUUCAGGAAUGUUCUUCAGGAGAGAUAUUUGGAAUAAUGCACACACCAUGAUCUUAUAAUUUAUUUUUUAUAUAAUUGAUUAUUUUAGUUUAAGUCA